AUGACUGAGCUGAAGGCAAAGGGUCCCCGGGCUCCCCACGUGGCGGGCGGCCCGCCCUCCCCCGAGGUCGGAUCCCCACUGCUGUGUCGCCCAGCCGCAGGUCAGUUCCCGGGGAGCCAGACCUCGGACACCUUGCCCGAAGUUUCGGCCAUACCUAUCUCCCUGGACGGGCUACUCUUCCCUCGGCCCUGCCAGGGACAGGACCCCUCCUACGAAAAGACGCAGGACCAGCAGUCGCUGUCGGACGUGGAGGGCGCAUAUUCCAGAGCUGAAGCUACAAGAGGUGCUGGAGGCAGCAGUUCUAGUCCCCCAGAAAAGGAGAGCGGACUGCUGGACAGUGUCUUGGACACUCUGUUGGCGCCCUCAGGUCCCAGGCAGAGCCAACCCAGCCCUCCCGCCUGCGAGGUCACCAGCUCUUGGUGCCUGUUUGGCCCCGAACUUCCCGAAGAUCCACCAGCUGCCCCCGCCACCCAGGGGGUGUUGUCCCCGCUCAUGAGCCGGUCCGGGGGCAAGGCUGGAGACAGCUCCGGGACGGCAGCUGCCCAUAAGGUGCUGCCCCAGGGCCUGUCACCAUCCCGGCAGCUGCUGCUCCCGGCCUCUGGGAGCCCUCAUUGGUCCGGGGCCCCAGUGAAGCCGUCUCCGCAGCCCGGUGCGGUGGAGGUUGAGGAGGAGGAUGGCUCCGAGUCGGAGGACUCUGCGGGUCCGCUUCUGAAGGGCAAACCUCGGGCUCUGGGUGGCGCGGCGGCUGGAGGAGCCGCGGCUGUCCCGCCGGGGGCGGCCGCAGGAGGCGUCGCCCUGGUCCCCAAGGAAGAUUCCCGCUUCUCAGCGCCUAGGGUCGCCCUGGUGGAGCAGGACGCGCCCAUGGCGCCCGGGCGCUCCCCGUUGGCCACCACGAUGAUGGAUUUCAUCCACGUGCCUAUCCUGCCUCUCAAUCACGCCUUAUUGGCUGCCCGCACUCGGCAGCUGCUGGAAGACGAGAACUACGACGGCGGGGCCGGGGCCGCCAGCGCCUUUGCCCCGCCGCGGAGUUCACCCUCUGCCUCGUCCACCCCGGUCGCUGUCGGCGACUUUCCCGACUGCGCGUACCCGCCCGACGCCGAGCCCAAGGACGACUCGUACCCUCUCUAUGGCGACUUCCAGCCGCCCGCUCUAAAGAUCAAGGAGGAGGAGGAAGGCGCGGAGGCCUCCGCGCGCACCCCGCGUUCCUACCUGGUGGCCGGUGCCAACCCCGCCGCCUUCCCGGAUUUCCCGUUGGGGCCACCGCCCCCGCUGCCGCCGCGAGCGCCCCCAUCCAGACCCGGGGAAGCGGCGGUGACAGCGGCACCCGCCAGUGCCUCAGUCUCGUCGGCGUCCUCCUCGGGGUCGACCCUGGAGUGCAUCCUGUACAAAGCGGAGGGCGCGCCGCCCCAGCAGGGCCCGUUCGCGCCGCCGCCCUCCAAGGCGCCGGGCGCGGGCGGCUGCCUGCUCCCGCGGGACGGCCUGCCCUCCACCUCCGCCUCUGCCUCCGCCGCCGGGGCGGCCCCCGCGCUCUACCCUGCACUCGGCCUCAACGGGCUCCCGCAGCUCGGCUACCAGGCCGCCGUGCUCAAGGAGGGCCUGCCGCAGGUCUACCCGCCCUAUCUCAACUACCUGAGGCCGGAUUCAGAAGCCAGCCAGAGCCCACAAUACAGCUUCGAGUCAUUACCUCAGAAGAUUUGUUUAAUCUGUGGGGAUGAAGCUUCAGGCUGUCAUUAUGGUGUCCUUACCUGUGGGAGCUGUAAGGUCUUCUUUAAAAGGGCAAUGGAAGGGCAGCAUAACUACUUAUGUGCUGGAAGAAAUGACUGCAUCGUUGAUAAAAUCCGCAGAAAAAACUGCCCAGCAUGUCGCCUUAGAAAGUGCUGUCAGGCUGGCAUGGUCCUUGGAGGUCGAAAAUUUAAAAAGUUCAAUAAAGUCAGAGUUGUGAGAGCACUAGAUGCCGUUGCUCUCCCACAGCCAGUGGGCAUUCCAAAUGAAAGCCAAGUCCUAAGCCAGAGAAUCACUUUUUCACCAGGUCAAGACAUACAAUUGAUUCCACCACUGAUCAACCUGUUAAUGAGCAUUGAACCAGAUGUGAUCUAUGCAGGACAUGACAAUACAAAACCUGACACCUCCAGUUCUUUGCUGACAAGUCUUAAUCAACUAGGCGAGAGGCAACUUCUUUCAGUAGUCAAGUGGUCUAAAUCACUGCCAGGUUUUCGAAACUUACAUAUUGAUGACCAGAUAACUCUCAUUCAGUAUUCUUGGAUGAGCUUAAUGGUGUUUGGUCUAGGAUGGAGAUCCUACAAACACGUCAGUGGGCAGAUGCUGUAUUUUGCACCUGAUCUAAUACUAAAUGAACAGCGGAUGAAAGAAUCAUCAUUCUAUUCAUUAUGCCUUACCAUGUGGCAGAUCCCACAGGAGUUUGUCAAGCUUCAAGUUAGCCAAGAAGAAUUCCUCUGUAUGAAAGUAUUGUUACUUCUUAAUACAAUUCCUUUAGAAGGGCUACGAAGUCAAACCCAGUUUGAGGAGAUGAGGGCAAGCUACAUUAGAGAGCUCAUCAAGGCAAUUGGUUUGAGGCAAAAAGGAGUUGUGUCGAGCUCACAGCGUUUCUAUCAACUUACAAAACUUCUUGAUAACUUGCAUGAUCUUGUCAAACAACUUCAUCUGUACUGCUUGAAUACAUUUAUCCAGUCCCGGGCACUGAGUGUUGAAUUUCCAGAAAUGAUGUCUGAAGUUAUUGCUGCACAAUUACCCAAGAUAUUGGCAGGGAUGGUGAAACCCCUUCUCUUUCAUAAAAAGUGAAUGUCAUCUUUUUCUUUUAAAGAAUUAAAUUUUGUGGUGUGUCUUUUUGUUUUGGUCAGGA